AAACAAAAAAAAAAAAAAUCAGUCAUCAAAAUUGAUUCGAUCUCUGUUUGCAUUUCGUGUAAAUAAAAUAUUGUCGUAAUAUUACAAUAAUAGAAACACGUCAAGAUGGGGAAAGGAUUUAAUAAUUAUAUGUGUAAGAAGUUCUUCCAUCCUGCUUCGAGAGAUAAUCUGAAAAGGGUAUGGAUGGCAGAGCAGAAAACUGAGGCUUACAAGAAGAAACAAGAGGAAUUGCGUGUACAGUAUGAGAAGGAACAGGAAUUGCAUGAAAAUAAGGCACUGUUGAGCAAGGACAGUAAAGAUAAAUUAAGCUUGAAUUUUAUGUAUGAACCCCCACCAGGUGUGAAAAAGGAAAGAGAACGCGAAGACAAUGAACCAGAGUACAAGUUUGAGUGGCAGCGCAAGUAUAAUGCUCCAAGAGAGAGUUAUUGCAAGGGGGACAACGAAAUCAGGGAUCAACCUUUUGGAAUACUUGUCAGGAAUGUGCGUUGCAUCAAAUGUCACAAGUGGGGUCACAUAAAUACCGAUAAAGAAUGCUCUAUGUACAGUCUGUCCAUGAGUGAAGCCCGCGCCCUGCAAGCUUCAACAUCAACCCCCGAAGAGGAGGAGUCAAAGCCUGAUGUCACCACACUGAUGCAACACAUGCGAGACUCUGGCCUUGUGAUGAAGCCGGGAGCUCUACCCCUUGCUGUGACUAAAGUUGAAGAGAAUGAUACUUCAAGUCUAUCAGAAGCUGAUCUACUGAGCCAAUUGACUAAGAAGCAGAAGAAAAAGCUGCUGAAAAAACUUGAGAAACUGGAGAAGAAGAAGGAUAAGAAGCACAAACAUAAAUCUAAGCAUUGAACAUAAUAAUUAUUUGCUUUACUGUUUACUUUUCAUUUUAUUGUAAUUACUAAUUAUGUUUAAUUUUAAUAAAUAAAACAUUAUAGUGGA